GAAUCAGCAGCAAGCAGGGCAGACGCAGCAGAGAGACAGAGAGAGAGGGAGGAAGAGACAGGGAGAGUGUGAGUAGGAUUUCUGCGCUUUAUGACCAAAACCUCACAAUACCUCCCACUCUACCUAUUCCUCCCUUUCUCCUCUGUGCUCUGAGACAGAGAAACCUCCUCUGGUUGUCUCUAUUUCUUGCUCCAGGCCAGUGCUGACUACUACUGAGGAGAAGAUAGCUGAGGCAGAGGCAGCUCCAGGAGGAUCUGCUGCCUGGUCUGCGCCUCCAGCCUCCACCUCCUCUUCCCCUGCGGAAGGCUGGGUUAGUCCAACAGGAUGGGCUGCACCACUAGCAAACUGGCCUGCAGGCCUCCAACCCAGCCCCCAGGAGCCCCGACCCCUGGACAAGACAAUCAGUCCCUGAGCCAGCUGGAAGCCCAGGGGCCCAAAGGCCCGGAGGUCCUAUCCAGUCUGGAGCGCCUUUCCCAGGCCACGGGCGGCAUGGAGAAGUCCUGGUAUCGCUGCAUCUUCCCCUUUGGCAUCAUCUCGUUGGUAAUCGGUGUGUCGGGCACGGCUGUUACUUACACAUACAAUGACCUGCCCCUGACCAAAGUGGUGACGGUAGUGUUGCUUAUAGCCGGACUGGUGCUGACACUGACCGCCGCCGCCUGCUGGACGGUCCACAAGAGAAAGAAGAGGAAAAAGAAAGAGAGGGCUUCAGGAGCCGGAGGAGGAGGAGGGAGCUCCUUUACCUCAGAGCAGUGCCCCUUGUGAGGAACACCUGGAGCCUGGGAUAUUCUGACCACACAGGGACAUGAGAGAGGAGAGAAGCCCCAGGAAGGGAGCACCGCCGGGGGGGAGGCUAGCCACCACCACCAGCCCUCCCUAGUCUUUAUGGAGCCUAGCUGCUCUUGGCUCAGCUCAUAGCUCGGGAAUAGGUGUGAGCAGGAGGAGGAUAAGGACUCGGGAAGAGGUGUGGAGGAGGAGGAGGACUCAGGAAGAGGUGUGGAGAGGAGGACAAGGACUCAGGAAGAGGUGUGGAGAGGAGGAUAAGGACUCAGGAAGAGGUGUGGAGAGGAGGAGGACGAGGACACAGGAAGUGGUGUGGAGAGGAGGAGGAUGAGAACUCAGGAAGAGGUGUGGCGAGGAGGAGGAUGAGGACUCAGGAAGAGGUGUGGCGAGGAUGAGGGCUCAGGGUUCACAGACAGACAGACGGGCGGAGGAAGUACCUGUGGAACUCUGAGGAGAGAGAGACAGAGGGAGAGAGAGACGGAUGGGUCUGGCAUGCGGGUUCACCACCUCCUCACACACACAAGCUUUUACAGUCGGACAGCAGGUGUCCAGUGUCAAAACAACCUCUCAGGAGACAUGCACACACACACCCUGAGACCCCCUCACACACAUUGACACACGCAGCGGGAGCCUCACAGACACUUAAUCCGCUAUGCCGAGCUGCUGCCGGAGUCAGUGCUGCCGUCACCGGCCGUGUCAGUCGCGGCAUUCCUCCCAGCCAGGACAGGUGACAAGCCGACCGACCGGUGAAAAGUGGGCCAGCGAAGGCAACUCGACACCGGGCCGAAAGAGGAGUGCACCCGCGUCAGUGCCCCGCGUCAUUCACUCGUCCUGUGACACUGCAGCAAUGUGUUGGGGCUUUUUUUACGCAACGGGAGAGUGGAACCUGAGUCCGCCAGGAUCUUACUGGCAGCUGGUGGUAGAGGGACGAGGAGAGGACCAGGAGAGGGCAGGAAAAUGAUGUGUUUAUUUGUGCGAGUGUAUUUGUGUAAGUGUGUGUGUGUGUGUGUGUGUGUGUGCAAGAAAGACAUUUUACUGGACCGAAAGAGUAUGUACAGAACCUGUGGACUUUUUCCAGUGUAAGAACACAAGAACUAAUGUAUGGAACAAAGAAAUCACACAUCUACACUAUUACACUAGAACAGAGUGACCAGCCCCUUCAGUAUUACAGUAGUAGGUCAUUGUCUGUGCCUUUGUGCCUUUCUGAGGCACAGAAAAGACUACUAUUCUAGACUGUGGAAUACAGACCAAGGAGGAGAAUAUUCCACAUGGAGUCAUAAAGGCCCAAAGGAAACCAUGGCUCUGCCUCAGCCAUUGAUAACAAAAAAGUCUGAGUUUUUAGGUCCAGCACUGGUAUUAAUCCUCUCAGUGAAAAAGGGACAGAAAGGCAUUUUCCACUAUGUUUUUCUCCAUGCAGCCAUUCUGAGAGUGGAGAGUGGAGUGGAGAGAGCUGAGUGAGUGACUGCACUGCACACCUGACACACUGUAGUGUGACUAUGGGCAUUGACCUCUGUCAGUUUUUCUGCAGUCGUAGGACCUCAGCUCCUCUCUCACAGAGAGAGAAAGAGAGAGAGUGAGCAGGGGACAGGAUGGGAUAAAUGAAGGACAUUACUGCUGGGGGGACAUUCCACCGAGGGACACUUUGACUUGGUGACACUCCACUCUGAGGGACCCCUCCCGUCCCCUUUUCAGUGCCUUGAGCGAGUGGAGCAGAGAACUGGAGAGCUGGAUCAUGGAAAAAGGCUCUGACUUGUGUGUUACCCGUUUCCAUCUGCUCUUCUGAGAAUUUCCCCCUCUCUCCUCCU